AUUUUUUUUUAUUGUAACAGAGAAGCGCGCGACAUUCGGAAGCUGAGAUAUGGUUGCUUGCCUGAUAUUUUCCUCCUCUCUUCCUGGACAGUCUUCAGAUUUUCCUGUAUUCUUACUACUUUGUGCUUUUCUUGCUGUCCGUACUGAACAGUAAAACACAUUAAGAACUUUACAUUUUCUGAUAUAUUGACAUGCCAGAAGGAUGUUUGUUUGCUUCAUUUUUUAAUAAACGAUUUGAAAGAACCGGUUGAUGGGUCCUUGGAGAGUUACGGCCAAUCAGGAGUGAAGAUUUUUCGCGCUGGUUGGGUAGGAGGGCGGAGGUGUGGUCUGGCAGCGAGCAGAGCUGCUUGUUUCAGGCUCAGUGUUAUGAUUAUAUGAGUGUACCUAAAUAAUCGUGGAUAUAUUACGGAUGUUAGCAGGUAAUGUUACGGUGGUUUGCACCCCUUGUGGGGCUGGCAUGAGGGUUUUCUUCCUUCCGUUGGGUUGCAGUAAUGCAAUGCUGGUGGCGGUAAUGUAUUAGUGGUCUGAAGGCCGCUGUCAUUCAUUGAGGGAACUAACUGCUACGACACUUGAGGACCGCUUACUAGUGAAGUAAUACAGCAUUGGAUACUAUGUAAAACCUGCCUUUGUUCUUUCUUUGGUUUAUCGCUGCUAUAUUUUGGUUUAUUUUAUAAAGCAGUUUCUCGAGAGUUUAUUUACACGGCAGUUCGUCUAACGAGUGUAACUUUAAGACUGGAAUCAACUGGCUGGAUGUAUUCUGGUGCAUAAUUUCCUGUUGCUUUUGACUGUCACAAUGAAGCAGGUACCUGAGAUACUGGAAAAUAACAGUGGAAAGACUCCUAAUUGUGAGCUAACAGCUGACCAUACUCUUCUUAUGGAAAAAGCAACUGCUCAUCUGUCUGUUGCAUUGCAGGAGAGUGUACUUCAGCAGUUCAGUAACAGGGGUCUGCCUUUCAUUGCUGUAGAUAAGCUGAACGACUUGACUGUACGAACUGCAGCAUCAGGGCCAUCAGAAAACAAACUGGAGAUUGUAACAGAGGACCCAGAAGGAACAGGGACACCAGACACCACUCCAAAAAAGAGUGGUUCACCGGAGAUCAAGCUGAAAAUUACAAAAACCUACAUGAAUGGAAAGCCACUUUUUGAGUCUUCCAUCUGCAGUGAUCUGGUGUCAGAGCCGUCUGAGAUCCAAGCUGUUGAAGACUACGUAAAAUCUGAUGUGAAGGAGAAAAGAAACCGGAAAAAAAGCAUAAAGUAUGAUUCUCUGCUUGAACAGACUGCAGCUCAGGCAUCUCCUCAAUCCAAGACUUAUGUUGCUACUUCUGAACCAGCAAAGGUUGCCGCUGAGGCAGUAGACUGCCAAACUGAUGGUGAGCCCCUGAAGUUCAAUGUCUGUGAUGUUGUCUGGUCUAAAGUCUCUGGAUACCCCUGGUGGCCUUGCAUGAUUACAUGUGAUCCUUUGAUACGCAGUCACACAAAGCUGACAGGACAAAACAAGCCUCUUCGCCACUAUCACGUUCAGUUCUUUGGGAAUGCGCCCGAAAGGGCUUGGAUAUUUGAAAAGAGUGUUGUAUCAUUUGAAGGAGAACACCAGUAUGAACAACUGUGUCAGGAAAGCAGUUCGCAAGUGCCGACUGCAUAUGAGGAAACUUCACUGCUAAAACCUAUUGCUGUAAAGUUACGAGACCAAUGGAAUAUGGGGAUAAACCAAGCAAAGGAAGCUCUUGAAAUGACCUUGGAAAACAGGAAAAAUAAGUUUACUUUUGUUUACAUUGAUAACCGCCCUCAUCUUAACCCUCUAGUAGCAAAGGAAGUAGGAGUUGAGGAUCCUGUAGAGGGUGCUUAUGAGACAGAUGGUUCUUCUGAGUCCGAAAACUCAGAUGAUGACUCCCAUUCAAAGAAAAAGAAACAAAAAGUAUCAAAAUCUGAUGAAGCUUGUAGAAAGGGCGAUUCAAGAACAAAAUCCUCCCCUAAAAAAUCAGAAAGGACAAGUUAUGGAAGUGUAAUUGGCUCCCCUUCAGCUAGUAAGAGAACUGGAAUCUGCACUCCUCGUGGUAGGAAAGGAGAGUCAACACAGUUUUUAGUUUUCUGCCUGAAACACAGAGAUGAGGUCGUUUCUGAACACCCAGAUGCCUCUGGUGAGGAGAUAGAAGAAUUACUAGAGUCACAGUGGAACAUGCUGAGUGACAAACAGAAAGCUCGCUAUAAUACUAAAUUUGCCAUGGUGACUUCUCCAGAAUCAAAAAAAUUUGAAGGAAAAUUAGGAAGCCCUGAGGUAGACCAGCCAAGACGUCAGUCUAAGAGGACUUGCCCAUCUGCAGAGGAGUCUGAAAUACUGCGAAAGAGAUCAAGAUGCGAUGAUCAGAGCCAGAAGGUAGAAUCCUCUAGUGGAAGACCAACAAGAACCAGAUCCUUUGGGGAUAAGGGAUCUAAAGUCUCCCAGUUUGCUACACCGCAGAACAGCCAGUCAGCUGUUAGCAAGUUGUCUGAUUCCUGCAAACCACUGAAGAAACGAACUGGAACUUCUGGAACUGGGUCGCCUUUCUAUGAAAGCAGGAAAAGUUCAUCUCCAGCAGCCUCUCUUAAUGGGAAUGAGACGUCAUCGGAAGGACAUGGAGAUGAACGCUCCGAUUCACCUUAUGAAAGUGCAGAUGAGAGUCAGACAGAAGCCUCUACAUCUUCAAAAAAGUCAGAUCGAGGAGGGGCAGCUAAAAAAGAGCAUGUUUGCCAGGUUUGUGGAGCAAGUGGAGAUUUACUUCUGUGUGAGGGGCAGUGCUUUGGAACUUUUCAUUUAAAGUGCGUUGGGUUAUCUGAAAAACCGGAGGGUAAAUUCAUAUGUAAUGAAUGUUCAUCAGGUGUCCAUGAAUGCUUCAUGUGCAAGAAUGGUACAGAUGUAAAGCGCUGUAUGUCAUCCCAGUGUGGAAAAUUUUACCAUGAAGAUUGUGUGAAAAAAUGCCAGCGAGCGGUGGUUGAUUCAAAGGGGUUUCGGUGUCCUCUGCAUACCUGUUUGAGUUGCUAUGUUGCUGGUCCUUCCAAUCCCAAAGCAACAAAAGGAAAAAUGAUGCGCUGUAUACGUUGUCCUGUUGCCUAUCAUGCUGGAGAUGAAUGCAUUGCGGCUGGGUGUGCAGUAUUAAAUUCCACAAGCAUAAUCUGUACCAACCAUUUUAAACCAGUCAAGGGUAAUAGCCACCAUGCACAUGUUAAUGUGGCUUGGUGCUUCGUGUGUUCUAAAGGUGGCAGCCUGUUAUGCUGUGAAUCCUGCCCCGCUGCCUUCCAUCCAGACUGUUUAAACAUUGAAAUGCCUGAUGGUAGCUGGUACUGCAAUGACUGCAAAAAUGGGAGAAAACCGCAAUAUCAUGAUAUCAUCUGGGUUAAACUGGGCAACUACAGAUGGUGGCCUGCAGAGGUGUGCCAUCCUAAGGAUAUACCACCAAAUAUCCAGAAGAUGAAACAUGACAUUGGAGAGUUUCCAGUUUUUUUCUUUGGCUCCAAGGAUUAUUAUUGGACUCACCGCAGACGUGUAUUUCCAUACAUUGAGGGAGAUCGAGGAAAUAAAGAUCAUGGAAAUGGCAUUGGCAAAGUCUUUAGGAGUGCUCUUGAAGAAGCAAAUGCUCGCUUUCAGGAGAUUAAACGUCAGCGAGAGACUAGAAAAGCACAGGAGAAUGAACGGAGGCCGCCUCCUUACCAGUUCAUCAAGGUGAACAAACCUUGUGGAAAGGUUCAAGUUUACACUGCAGAUAUUUCAGAGAUCCCAAAGUGCAAUUGUAAACCUUCUGAUGACAACCCUUGUGGUCUGGAUUCAGAGUGUUUGAAUCGUAUGUUAAUGUACGAGUGCCAUCCAGCAGUUUGUCCAGCCAAGGAAAAGUGCCAAAACCAGUGUUUCACCAAGCGACAGUAUCCUGAAACAAAAAUUAUCAAGACAAUCGGAAAAGGCUGGGGAUUGGUAGCAAAGAGAGAUAUUAAAAAGGGAGAAUUUGUGAAUGAAUAUGUUGGAGAACUCAUCGAUGAAGAGGAGUGUCGAGCAAGAAUUAAAUAUGCUCAAGAAAAUAACAUCUGCAAUUUCUACAUGCUUACAAUAGAUAAGGAUCGUAUAAUUGAUGCUGGUCCUAAAGGAAAUUACUCGCGUUUCAUGAACCACAGCUGCCAGCCCAACUCUGAGACUCAAAAAUGGACAGUCAAUGGGGACACACGUGUUGGUCUCUUUGCGGUUUGUGAUAUCCCAGCAGGAUCCGAGCUGACCUUUAAUUACAAUCUGGACUGCCUUGGCAAUGAGAAAACUGCUUGCAGAUGUGGUGCUCCAAACUGCAGUGGCUUCCUUGGAGACAGGCCUAAGAAUCAGUCAACGAAUGUUCCUGAUAAAAAAAUUAAGCGGAAGAAAAAGCGAAGAAGUAAAAGCGAAGGUAAAAAAGAGUCUGAAGAUGAUUGCUUUCGCUGUGGAGAUGGUGGAGAAUUAGUAUUGUGCGACAGAAAGUCUUGUACCAAAGCCUAUCAUCUUUCUUGCUUAGAUCGAACCAAGCGACUUCAUGGAAAAUGGGAAUGCCCUUGGCAUCACUGUGAUGUUUGUGGAAAGCCAUCAGUAGCAUUUUGUCAGUUCUGCCCCAACUCUUUCUGUAAAGAGCAUCAGGAAGGAGCAAUUUUCAGCUCUUCAUUAGACGGACAGAUGUGCUGUUCUGAACACGAUCUGGACAUGGAUGCUGCUGAAAGUAUGGAAACAGAGAAUCCGGUCAAAGAAAAAUUGUCGUCAGAAAGUAAAAAGUCAAGAAACAGUUGUCCUUGAUGUUCUCUGCGCACAGAAACAUAAGACUAAUGGACUAGAAGUUUCUGCUGCCAACACUAUUAUGUACAUAUGUCCAUUUGACUUAAUUAUUGCAGUUACAUAUUUUACUGUACAGGUUUUGUUUUUUCAGGGAAAGCAUUUUUGUAUCCACUGAGCCAUCUUCUGCAGUGUAUGCUGCAUCUGCACUGGUGAUCGCACAGAUCAUGAGACAUUAAGGACAAAAAGCCACUGAACUACACAGCAUUACAGUUUAAAACUUGAAUAGCAUGUUAAAGUAUAACAAAGAGUUUUAGCAGGAAGCCUAUAUUAAGGUUGGUGCUGAUAUAGUCUGUUUUUGGAAUCGGCAUCUGUAGGGGCUCUGUUUUUAGAUUAUAAGGUUUUAACACAGUGAGAGUAAGAUGUGGGUGGGGCAUUUUAUCUUCCACAGAUUUGUUGUUGUAUUAAAGUUAAAAAUUCAGGGUGUUGAGUCUUCUGUAUACCAGAAAGGAAUAAAUCCCAGAGUCCAAGUUCUAGGUGAUAAAAAAGUUUUUUUUUAUAUCUGUUUCAGGAAAUCAAACAAAAAAUGAUAUAGAAAUAUCAUAUUGUACGUUAUGUUUACCAACCUGAGGCGUGAUUGGUACAGUAACAGAAGACAUUAUUACUUUUAAUACCAGUUUGCUCAGUGUACUAAUAUAGUUUUUUGUGUAGUUUUUUUUCUUUAUCCCUGGAAGUAUAGCUGUAUUAUAAAGAGAAAUUUUUUAUGUUCCAUUGGACAGUUUUUAGUGUUGGUCAAAGAUGCAUAUAUUUAUAUAAAUAUUCUGCUAUAUCUGGAAUCUGGAGUACUUGUUACUCUAAAAUUAUUACCAGUAAAAGCAGCGUUUUUAUGUGUCA